CAAGUAUUCUGCGAGCACGAUCGACCUUGAUCAUUUGGAUAUUUAAAGGAGCCAUUGAUAAGGGGAAGACGACGAGUUGUGAACCUGUGUGGCAAUUUUGCCAAUUUUGCAGACAAGCAAAAACUCUGGCACAAUGAUCAAACAGGCUUUCAUGUUGCGUAUUUUGAUUAAUAGCUGUGAAAUCCACUGUGUGUCACACCACAAACGGUCUCGCCUCCGUCCUAUCCUCCUCUUGCCGCCGUCUCCCUUCUCUCGCCUUCGUCGUCUUACUCCUCCUUUCUCUGUCUCAGGAAUCCUAUCGUCAUCUUCCUCGCAUGCAAGGCUCUGGCCCUCUCAAUUGAAACCAAAACAUGUUUCAGUUCUGGGGAAGAGCAAGAAAAAGGAAGAACCAGUAUUAGAAGAUCUUCCCAAAGAGUACUGUGAUGAUUCUAAGCCAUGAAGGAUUUGAUAAACCCACA